UACAAGAACAUUGGAAGACAGAGCUUCAUACGGCGCGAGGUGUUAGUUACCCUAUAAAUUCCAACAACAACAAGAAGUAUAACAAACAGUGACAUAGAUGAUGCCAAAGUCUCGAUUGAAAUCUGGUGUUACACCUCGACCAGGCCUGCACGACAGCAACCUGUCUCCACCAUCUAGAGAGAGAGGUUCUCCUUAUGCACAAAAUAGGGUAAAUGCUGCACAAUCUCCUGAGUGUCAUAUGCUGAAAGAUGAGAUAAGUAGUGAUGAAGACACCUUAAAUGCAACAGAUGGCAUUGAUGAUGUGGCCCGCACCUCCCCUCGCAAGGCUCCUCUGUAUCCAAUCCUAUCAGAGGAUGAAAUCACUAUGUAUAAUGAAUCUUCACCAAAUCAGGAUCCCUUCCUUAAAUCAUUUUGUGAUUCAACAAAUGAUUCCUUUGGCACCAGUCGCUCUCAGUGCUAUUCAAGAACUAGCUCAAAGCCUUUGCCUAAGGAGUUACCUGUUACACCAGAGAAGGAAAGCCCUGUCAAGAACCUUUAUCCUGAAGAUCUUAGUAAACACAAGAGAAAUGCUUCACUAAGAUUUCUAAAAAUAAUUUUCAUCCUCUGUCUGUUAGCUGGCUUGGGAGCAUUAUUACUUUAUUCAAAUAAAACAGAACAAGAUCAAAACCCAAAGGUUCACACUAAGUCAAUUAAAGAAGUGUAUGAAGAUAUUAAAAAACAGCUCAAAUAUAUAAACAAAUUAUUUUCUCAACCUAGAUAUUUGUGGAUUCAAUUGCUUAGCCAGAUAGAAUCUAUAAUGGUUGAUAAUCCAAACCAGCCAGCUGUCAUACUUGUUGUUGUACCAGAGGAUGCACGUGGAACGGCAACAUGUCUCAUACACAGGAUUGCAGAGGCUAUUAAAUAUGCAUUUGAAGAUUCCAGGUUUGUUAUGUAUGAUGGAAAAAGUGAUGCUGCAUCACAUCAUCGUACCUUAAAGGAGGAGUUGGACAAUGUUCUUCAAGGACUGAUGAAGGCACAUGCAGCUGUCAUACACAAUAUUGAAAAAAUCCCAGGAGAAGCAGCCACGAUCUUUCAUGCUUACUGUGACAAUGAAAAUGCACCAUUUAAGCAGGCUGUGCUCUUUCCCAUAAUAGAAGUUCAUGGUCAUUAUGAUGAACUGGUUGAAAAGAGGCUAGACACCACCGUAGAUGACCUUCUGAUGGAAAUAUGGGGAUCAGAUCUACCAGCAAAAGAUGUAUCAGCAGUUGUAUCCCGAAUAGCUAAUGCUGCCGUACUUGUUAAGCCUGAGAGUCGGUGGAAAGUUCAAGAGUUGUGCCCCAUAUAGCAGGAUGAGAUUAUGUUAAUGCUUUUGGUUAUAUAGCACCGUUUCUUGUUUGUAAAUACAGAUGCCAGUAUAUUGGAAUGAGAUAAAAAUGUCACUGUUUAAUCAGGUACAGUAUAUACAUAUUCAAAUUAAUAAGAAUGAUCCAUUGGAUGGAGCAGCUGUUUUUUUUUUUUUUCAAAUAUGUGCACAUUAUUUUUGAACAAUUAUUACAGCCUUGUGGAUUUAUAAAAUUUAGCAAUGUUGAAUAAUUUUUUGCAUACUGUAAUAAGUCAGUGAAUUUGUGUUGGAUUUGUUAGCACCAUAACCAGAUACCUUUUAUUAAACAGACAUUAUUGCAAAGUAUUAUAUGGUAUCAUUUAACUGUUGUGUUAAUUCACUUAGCCAAAUUUUGUGAGUCACUGUUAAAAUUUUGAAUAUAUUCUAGAUAAAAUUAGCAUAGUACAGUAUUUGAGUUUUAAGUAUGUAGUGACAUUAAAUUUUGAUCAAGAUUUUUUUUUUUUUUUUUUUUUU